CUGCUUUGGUUGUAUCCAUAGUCGCCGCUGUCAGUACAGAUUUCUAUGGGCUGAAUAACAGAAUGUGCUGGAUCAAAGACUCUGGUGUGCAGUACGGCUCUGUUGUGGCUUACCUGAUAGUGGUCCUGCUCUUCAAUAGCACCAUCUUUGCCAUCGUCAUCACAACGAUGCUCAAGCUGCGCUCUGUCACGUCGCCGCAGGGGAAGAGGCAGAGCCGCAACAUCAUCUGCAGCGUUCUUGGGUUGACCUGCAUCCUGGGCCUCACCUGGGUGGUGGGCUUCUUCUCCAUGGGCUACACCAACUAUGUCAUCCUCCUCAUCUUUACCAUCCUCAACUCACUGCAGGAGACUGCGGAGGGCAGAGCAGAGUUCCAUGACAACUGGACAGAGCUCAAGCACCCACAUUCUCUCCGUUGGAAGCGAGGUCUGGCCCUCUUCUGGAAGAACAAGGCAGUCCGAGUGCAAGAGGGAGCAAUUGCUGACAAUACAGCUAAGUUCUGA